UUGUAGUUUCGUGCUCAAAAUUACCAACGAAGAAGAAGGCCCCUCAGCUGAGGAAAAUGGCCGACGUUGAGAUGGAUAUCACGUCCAGAAGAAUGAAUAAUGGCAACGAACACGUGAAGCAGGAUCUGGAAAUUCAUGAAAGAAGUGGAAAUGAGGACAGUGGAGGAGUAUCUGAAGAAGAAGAGGAGGAAGAGGAGGAGGCCGAGACUAAUGGGGAGAAGACAGAAGAGACAUCAAAACAUCACAGUAGUGGUGGUAAACACAAGAGGAAAAAACAUAAGCAUCGUAGUAAGCACAAAAAGCACAAACAUGCCUCUGAUGAGGACAAGGACCGCAAACGUAAGCAUCGGCAUAAACACAGGAAACACAAACGUAAAGAGGGCACCUCUCCCUCUGGUGCUGCCAUCUUUGGCUCUUCAAGCCACAGAAAAGUGGAAUCCUCUCCCUCUUCUGGAAACCCAAGUCUGGAUGACAGGGCCUUGCUAGAAGAUUUGGAGAAACAGAGGGCCAUGAUCAAAGCUGAGCUCGACAGCCAGUUGAUGGAAGGGAAAGUUCAGUCGGGCAUGGGCUUGAUCCUUCAGGGUUAUAACUCUGGAUCAGAGGAGGAUGGUGAUAGCAGAGUUAGAAAUGGAGAACAGCGUCAGAGGGGCAGCUCAGGAAAACCCAUUUCUCCCCGAGGGGGGAAAAGUGGGAAAUCUAGACGGGACUCAACAGAAGGCAGUAAAUCCAGCUCCAAGCGUCGUAGCCGGAGCAAAUCUCCAGACAGGCCUGCAAAGGAGUCAAAGCAGGACAAGGUGACUAAAAGUACCAAGGAAGCAGGUGCUAAAGACAGAGGCCGUGGCAGGAGCAGGUCAAAAGAAAGAAAACACUCAGACAGCACUGAUAGGUCCAAAGAAAGAACCAGGAAGUCUAACUCUCCUUCCAGCUGGAGAGCGGGAGAGCAGAAAAGCAGCCGCACUGAUAAACGCACCUCUCCACAACGUGAUGACAGACCUAACCAGGAAAGAGGGAGGCAGCGGUCCAGAUCACCUGGGCGAGACCGACCAAGUCGCUCUGAUGGAGACCGGGACAAACGGCCAGCCAAGUCCCCAUCCAAGGACGCUUCAUCUGGGAAAGAGAACCGGUCUCCGCAUAGACGAGGACCACACAGCCCCACAAGGAAACGCAGUGCUUCUCCUCGCCACAGAGACACUCAUCACCCAUCAGCUAGUGCCUCAGACAGAACAUCCAAACAGAGCCAUUCUCCUUCCAGAACAAGAUCCUCCCCAAGGAGAGGCCGCAGCCGCUCGCCAGACAACAGGAGGAGAGAUGCUGACAGGCAGGACUCACCACUGAGAAAGCGCCCAAGGGCAGAUCCAGGACCAGGCAGAGAAAGGUCUCGAGAAAACAGUCCUAGGUCAGUCUCUCGCCGCAGGAUGAGUCGCUCACCUCUUAGACGGAGGUCACCGUCACCGCGUCGACGUUCCCGUUCAUCCCCCCGCAGAAGGAGCAGGUCUCCACUGAGACACAGAUCUGGAGAAAGAGACCGGUAUGGUAGACUGAGACAGUACCGACGCUCCACGUCUCGUGAUCGGGAGAGGAGAAGACGGCGCAGCAGAGACGAAGAUAAGUUUAAGGGAAGCCUUUCAGAGGGUAUGAAGGCUGACCAGGAAUCCUCAGAGGAAGAAGUGUUGGAGGACUUUGAUGGUGAAGAGAUUGAUGAAGAGGCUCUCAUUGAACAGCGCCGGCAGCAGCGCAUGGCCAUUGUCCAGAAAUACAAGGUUGUGAACGAGGAUACCAACAUGGUGUCAGAGCCCAGCAGCCCACAGAGCAGUACACGCAGUCGAUCACCCUCACCCGAUGACAUCUUGGAGCGAGUUGCAGCAGAUGUCAAGGAGUAUGAACGCGAAAACCUCAACACAUUCGAGGCCAACAUCAAAGCCAAGCACAACCUCAUCGCCCAGGAGAAAGACGGAGCCAACCCAAAGAAGCCCUCAGCCCCAGACAUGUUUACAGAGUCAGAUGACAUGUUUGCUGCUGACUUUGAUAGUGCCAGGAUGAGAGCAGCAGGUGUAGGGAAGGACUUCAAGGAGAACCCCAACCUCAGGGACAACUGGACAGAUGCCGAGGGUUACUACCGUGUGAACAUCGGGGAGACGCUGGACAAACGCUACGACGUGUACGGCUACACCGGACAGGGAGUCUUCAGCAACGUGAUCCGAGCCAGAGACACGGCCAGGGCCGGCCAGGAGGUGGCAGUCAAGAUCAUCAGAAACAACGAGCUCAUGCAGAAGACCGGUUUGAAAGAGCUGGAGUUCCUCAAAAAGCUGAAUGACGCUGAUCCCGACGACAAGUUCCACUGCCUUCGCCUCUUCAGGCAUUUCUACCACAAACAGCAUCUUUGUCUGGUGUUUGAGCCUCUCAGCAUGAAUUUGCGAGAGGUAUUGAAGAAAUACGGUAAAGAUGUUGGGCUCCAUAUCAAGGCCGUACGCUCCUACAGUCAACAGCUGUUCUUGGCGCUCAAGCUGCUCAAACGAUGCAACAUCCUCCACGCUGACAUCAAACCAGAUAACAUCCUGGUAAAUGAAUCAAAGACCAUAUUGAAGCUGUGCGACUUUGGUUCUGCAUCACAUGUCGCUGACAACGACAUCACCCCGUACCUCGUCAGCAGAUUUUACCGAGCUCCAGAAAUCAUCAUAGGAAAACCAUAUGACUACGGCAUCGACAUGUGGUCCGUUGGCUGUACUUUAUAUGAGCUCUACACCGGUAAGAUCUUAUUUCCCGGAUCUUCCAACAAUCACAUGAUCAAACUGGCCAUGGACCUCAAGGGAAAGAUGCCCAACAAGAUGAUCCGUAAAGGCUUGUUCAAAGACCAGCACUUCGAUCAGAAUCUAAACUUCCUGUACAUUGAAGUCGACAAAGUGACAGAAAGGGAGAAGGUGACGGUGAUGAGCACCAUCAACCCCACCAAAGACCUGCUGGCCGACAUGAUCGGCGGCCAGCGGCUACCCGAGGACCAGAGGAAGAAGGUGAUGCAGCUGAAGGACCUGCUGGACGGCACCCUGAUGCUGGACCCGGCCAAACGCAUCAGCAUCAACCAGGCUCUGCAGCACCCCUUUAUCCAGGAAAAGAUCUGACACAUGCCGUAAACGCCACACAGCUCCCAGAGCGGACAGAGAAGCGACCACUAAACCAGCUCUGACAGGGACUCUGCAGCCGACACACACAGACUUCUACUCAGAAUGUCUCUGCUUUCUGUUCUUCCUCAACUCCAUUUUGUUUAUGGAUACAUAGUUGUGUUUUAUUGUAAAUAGAUCAUUAUACUGGUAGCCACCCUCGAAAACAUUGAUUUCUUUCUUCUUUUUGUUUUUUUUUUUUGCAAUUAUCUUUGUAAACCUCCUCAUACCCAGCAAUGCAGUUCUGAACUUUUUUUAUUUAACUCGCAUUGGAGUGACAGAUGUUUAAAGAAAAGCUAUAAUUCCUGUAAAUACUGUACGUCUAUUGCAUUAACAAUCUUAAGCAGCAGACAGUUGGGUUUUGUUGUAGUUGCAGAUGUCGAAAUACAUCAUUUCUUUUUUAACUACAUUGCUCAUUGUGGGGCGAUGCAUGCUUUUGAAUGUGCACACCGUUGUGCUCUAGAUUUCUGUGGUGCAGGCCUGUGUAAUGCUCUGUAUAUGCAUCGGUGUCCCACGUUGUCAGCACCCCCCCACCCCCCCUUUAUCCCUGAAGAGAAUCCCAGGCCUCGAGGUCUAAACUGAAGGAAUAGAUGCAUAUUAUGUACCCCUUGAUUAAAAGAAAAAACCCUCUUUAUUUUAAAAGCAGGAAGUCAUUGUUUUCUGUUGCUUGACAUUUCCAUAUUUUCGUCCCCCCACCCCCCACCCCCCAUCCCCUAUGCCCCUCCCCCCUCCAGCACUAUGGCUCGCUCCUGGCUCUAAAGGCUCUCUGAUUCAAGUGCCUCCUGAAUGAGCCUAAUGUGUAACAACACCAAACAAUGCUGGUCUGUAGAAGCCACACCUGUGACCCUCUAAUCUCAUUGUUGUAUAUAGUCCAUAAUUUACUGUCAGCUCAUGUACGAUUUAUUUGUUUUUUUUUUUCCCCAUUCUGUGGUUUAAAAAAAAACAACCUUGUGAUUUCAAUAAAGAAUAGUUGUGGAAACGCUGCUGAAAGAGCACCUUCAGUAUAAUAAAACAACUUUUUAGUAAUAAAAUGUUUCCUAUUGUACACCAA